UUUCUGUAGAACAAGGAAGCUCUAAAUCUAUAGAGUUGAUGGUUAGAACCCUCCAUGCCCCAGCCCUGCUGCCUACAGGGAUAAACACAGACCAAUCAAGCCUCUCUCCUCCAAUCAAUACCUGCCUAUCGGCUAUACGUCGUAUAAAUACAGAUCGCCUCUCGUUUCUUGAGAUAAACAGCCGGUCUAGACUCGUGUAAAGAUGUGCACUUACCAUAAAAAAGGACGAUCACACAGUCUACCUAAUUGGAAUGGUAGCGAGGAAGCCAAGCUACACUACCGGCUGACCAUCAUGGGCACAGCCGGUGUAGGCAAGAGCUGCAUCAUCUCCCAGUUCCUGUACGACCGCUUCAUCAGUGAGUACAAGGAGACCGUGGAGGAAUUCCACCGCGGGGAGUACACCGUGGACGGACGCGAACUCAUUCUGGACAUUCUAGACACCGCGGGAGCACAUUCAUUUCCUGCCAUGCGCAGACUGGCUAUCUCAACAAGUGACGCUUUUGUGUUGGUUUAUUCAAUAGACGACGAAUCUUCAUUUCAAGGGGUAAAAGAUUUACGGGACAUUAUUUUAGCAGAACGUGGGGACAAACGUGUGCCAAUCGUUGUUGUGGGAAACAAAUCGGACAUUUCUAUGGAAAAAAGGGCGAUAAUGAAAGAAACUGCCGAAUCUAUUGUGUGUUUUGACUGGGGAAAUGGCUAUAUAGAAGCUUCCGCCAAAGACAAUAUUAACGUUGUCGGAAUAUUUAAGGAAAUUCUAAGACAAGCGCAUGUCGAGUUGAGUAUAACCCCAAUACCGAAAAGAAAGCGUUUUGGUUCUACAUCGUCUGAGAGCUCUUCCGAAAUUCCUUGCAAUUCGCCGUCACGGAAACGAAAUAGCUGUGUCAUUUCAUAGAGUGUAUGUAAUGUUGGUUUAUUGUUAAUAGUUUGUAUUUUUUAAUCAAAUCUAUUGUAAAUAAAUAACUUGUUUUUAUAUUUAAUUCUUGGAUCAACUAACUCAACGAAAUAUCGCUUUCCGUUGUUUUUCACUUCCAAAUAACAUGUACCUUGAUUCAAAUAACAUAUAGAAUGUAAUUCUAAACGCUAAAAUAAGAGCAAAAUAAUGCCGUAACUUUUUAAAAU